UCCACGAGCCGCAGAGAAUCACCGACAGCGCGACAUCCGCAAUCCGAACUUGUAAACAUUUGUAGUUUUUUAUGUUGACGCCUUUGUUUUCAUGUUUCGAUGUUAGCUGAGCCCGUGGAGUAGCGGAAAAAAUGUGCGAAAAACGAACUGAAGAACUGGACUGAUUGUGGGAACAGCUGUAAGAGACCCAGGGGCGAACAUGGUUAUGGUAUCAGAACACGGCUACAUCGGUGGGGCGAAUGGAGGCACCAUGCUGGGGGCCUUCGCCGGCCUUGGGGCCAUCCUGUUGGUGUUCCUGCUCUACAUCAAGAACAAGGGGUGGUGGUGGAGCCCUGUCCGCGGCAUGAGCUGCUGCGACGAGGCCUGUCCUCCAGUGUCGUCGCGACCAGUCCCGACACCUUCAGUGCCUAAUUGUAGCUCUAUAACGCCGGGCUCGCCGAAAACCAAACUGGUGAAAGCCUACUCUUUCGAUGGUGGAGAGUCCAGUUCCGAAUCGGAGAUGGGAGGGUCGCGGCCCCGUCAAAACUCCGGCGUGCCCCUGGGGACCACCGGCCCCUACUACCCCCCUCGACCCGUCCACGAUCUCAUCUCGCUGGUGGAGAAGGGCAGGGUCGGAAUGAGCAGCAACAGUUCGUGUUGCAGCUCCACCACCAGCUCCGUGGGCGAGAAGCAUGGCGUGCCCGCCACCAAAGUGACGGCACAGAUCGUGGAAAACGUUCAAAGGUCUCCUACGGAUCUGAGAGAAACAAAAAUAGACAAUCAGGGAAUCGAUUAUCAAAAAGUCGACACGUCAGCGCAGAUUGAGCAAACCGACAAUAACAGCAAUAGAGACUGCAUCGUAGUGAUGAAUACUGAAAACGAGGAGCGCGGCGAGGUGAUGUCGUGCGGCGGGGGCUCGGACCCCGAGACCCAAAUAGUGAGCAAAUGCGGUCACCUGGAGGUCGCGCUUCUGUACGACGCGCCCAUGAGGAAGAUGACCGUACAUGUGCUGCAGGCGAGGGACAUUCCCAGCAGAGACCGCGGUCAACCCACACACACGCAGGUGAGGUUGAUAUUGCUUCCGAGCAAAAAACAAAAACACAAAACCAAAAUCCGCUCUGGGGAAAAUCCGCAGUACAUGGAGAGUUUCCUCUUGCACAGGGUUAAUCCAGAGGAUGUAAAUUCCAUGGGUAUAAGACUUCGACUAUAUGGCUGUGAAAGAAUGCGCAGGGAAAGGCUUAUAGGGGAGGCGGUCGUCAGUUUUGCUAACAUCAACCUGGAACUAGAAAAUAAUUUCUGGUUGAACCUCGAGCCAAGGGCGAACACCGCUUUUUGUAAAUUGCAGCUAAGCGGAUGUACGGGCGAUCUGAUGAGCUUAGCAAGGUCUGACAGCACCGGUUCCACACAUUCCAUGCAGCAUGGCGGCGUACCUGAACUUUUACUUGGGCUGUGCUAUAACGCGACGACCGGCAGGCUCAACGUGGAAGUAGUCAAAGGAUCUCAUUUUAGGAACUUAGCUCUGACAAGAGCCCCAGACACAUACGUAAAACUAAAUUUAGUCAGCAGUACGGGGCAAGAACUGGCACACAGCAAGACUACCGUCAGAAGGGGUCAACCCAACCCGUUAUUUAAAGAAACCUUCAUCUUUCAGGUAGCGCUGUUUCAACUAGCGGACGUAACACUGAUGGUGGCCGUGUACAACAGGAAAGGGGUGACGAAAAAGAAGGAGAUGGUGGGCUGGUUCAGUCUAGGCCUGAACUCGAGCGGAGCGGAAGAACUGGCCCACUGGAUGGACAUGAAGGAGUUCCAACAGGAGCAGAUCUGCCGCUGGCACAUCCUGGUGCAGUCAUAGCUACCACUUUCUUAUGUCGUCGUCGUAUAAGUCGUUCAAGUGGAAAUUUUCAGAUCAAAGUUAUGACUAAUACAUACCGUUCCCUUUGCGUUAACGGCUUGAAUAUUUUUUUAUCACAAAUUAGUAAAUACUUAUUGGGAGUAUUCGGAAGGUGUAAUAUUACUACUGAGUGUUACAACUUUGUACAAAUCUCUGGAAUUCUAACUAAAACUUGUCUAUAGAUAUAACACAGUCUUAUUGGCGAACCUGCGUGCUAUACUCCCAACUAUCAUCAUCCCCAAAUUCUAAACGACUUUAUUGAAACUUUACCCGUUUAUGCUGACUUCUACAUGCCUUAUUACUUACUAUAUUGCGUAGGUUUUUUACAAAAAAAAAUUGGAAGGAACGGAAUAAGAAGGGCUCGUGAUCGAAUACACUGUAUAAUUAUUUAUUCCGUUAGGCAUUCCAUUCAUAAUUUUUUGUGAUAUUAUUAAUCGAAUUUGAAGAGAGAUCAAAAAUUAACACUUAGGAUAUACAUAACCCCACCCGAGAACAAUCUAGGUAGAACAACCUUACAUUUAGGCUUGUCAUACUUCACUAUGCAAGAAACACUUGCCGGAGGAAAUCAAAACCGACAUACGUCAUAUCAGGUAAUUGUCAAAAUUAUUGUAAUUCGUGUGACACUGUUACUGUUUACAAAAUUGUGUAUUUAGGAUAUCCGCAUGUAUACAGGUCGGGUCACACUUGACGUCGGACCCAAGAGCAUGUUGAGAAUUAAUAGAUUUUUUCGUAUACUAAACUAAAUUUGGUACAUUUAGGGAUGUUCACAGAAAAAAAUGCUUAAACGUCAUGAAAUGGUUAAAAAAUUGACUUACAAUCACAUCUGCAAAGUUUUACAAAAAUAAAAGAUAGGGAAAUAUCCAAAAUAAAUUAAAUAUUAGCGCGAAACGCUCUGAUUGGUGUGACGUCAUGAUGCGGAACCGGCUAGCGCGCGAGAAUUAGGUGUCAGGUUAGGUUUUUCAGGCUAACAAGAGAGAAAACAAUAAGAGGUUGUCUUUCUCUACAAUUCAUUGGCAACGCCAAAAUGCGACUGCGAGAGCCAUCUACUGUUCUGCUAAUGAGCGGAGCUAAUUUAAGUUCAGGAAACUGUUAAGAGAUGGCUCUUUUCUUAAUGUAAAGGUGGUAAAUUUAAAAUUGGCAAAAUAAUGGAUUUAUAUUGCAACUGUUUUAUUUACUUGCUAAUCUGGUGGUACAUUCCGCAAAGUGACGUCACACGCGCUAGUCUCGCUACAGGUACUGUUUGCCAGCUUUGUUAGUGUCGGUGUUUUUAUUUUAAAAACAAUUUUUUUCGUAAUUUACUGACUGUGGCCUCAAAAU